GCCAACCGUCCCAGUUAAGUUGACACCUCUGCAAACUUUGAAGAAAAGUCUUUUUUCCAUGACCAAUGCUGUCAACAGUCAACACUCCGUACUUGCAUACUUACAUGUGCUUUAAUUUGUUUCUGCAACUUGUGUGAGUCCAGCGCUCACACUCUCAAUAUUUCACUAAAUGACAGAACAUUAGCUUAUCAACAACGGUUGGGUGUGUGUGUGAUAUGGGUGCUCUCUUAUUCAUUCACUCUUUCUACCAGUUCCAUUCUUUAUCGGACUCGAGGAAAUAAUAAAAGAUGUCAGCUUCUUUUUGUUCAUUAAAACCGUUGAGUUCUAUUGCGGAACAUGUUGAUUUCUUUCGUGGUGAAUAUAAAAGAACUGGUGUAUGCUGACAAUGGUAUCUGUAUGAAGUAGAAACAGCUUAUUUCUGUCGAAAAACAAAAAAAUUGUUGAGUGAAAAAGAAAUUUUCUGAUAUUCAAAGAUUCUAAUUACUAGUUUACUGAAUCAAAGCUUAUGAAUUCUUUGCAGAAUUGAAGACAAUUAGUAUUAAGAUCUUUGGUGGGAUUGGAAAGGAAGAUAAAUCUAUAUCUAGUGUUGAAGAAUCCUUUUUUUUUUCCUGAGUAUUUCCGAGUAUAAAAGACAAACAUGGCAGGAAUACUUGCCGGGGAUGACCUGGCAACUUCCUUAAGCCGACGAUCCUCUAGUAUGAGAAUCAGUUUGGCCUCGGUCAGCACGAAAAGUUGGGCUUCAGCUGGUGUUAGGGAGGCAUUUACAGUCCCUGGAGGGGAUGUUUUUCAGAGAAGUGGGAGAGAUUAUAAUGAUGAAGAUGAGCUAAUGUGGGCUGCCCUUGAGAGGCUCCCGACUUAUGAUCGAUUGAGGAAAGGAAUUAUGAACCAAGUAUCAGAUAGUGGAAGAGUAGUUCGUGAAGAGAUUGAUGUUGCCAAUCUUGGAACUCAGCGAAAAAAGCAACUUAUGGAAAGUAUAUUUAAAGUUGUCGAAGAAGAUAACGAGAAGUUCCUCCAGAGACUUAGAAAUAGGACCGAUAGGGUAGGAAUCGAUAUUCCAAAGAUCGAGGUCAGGUAUGAGCAUUUGUCGAUCGAAGGAGAUGCAUAUGUAGGAUCAAGGGCACUUCCUUCUCUGCUUAAUUCUACCUUGAAUGUAAUAGAGGGGUUUCUCGAAAACUUGAAGCUUUCCCCUUCAAAGAAAAGGGUCGUCAAGAUACUUCACGAUGUCAAUGGAAUCGUGAAACCUUCAAGGAUAACACUACUUCUUGGACCUCCGGGCUCCGGGAAAACAACAUUGCUGAAGGCCCUUGCUGGAGUGCUAGACAAGGAUCUAAGGGUGACCGGAAGAAUCACGUAUUGUGGUCAUGAAAUGUCGGAAUUCAUGCCUCAGAGGACUUGUGCUUAUAUAAGCCAGCAUGACCUUCAUCAUGGAGAGAUGACAGUCCGAGAGACAUUGGACUUCUCCGGGCGUUGCUUAGGAGUUGGAACCAGAUAUGAUCUCCUUGAAGAAUUGUCGAGGCGAGAAAAAGAUGCAGGAAUCAAACCCGACCCAGAAAUUGAUGCAUUCAUGAAAGCCACAGCAAUGGCAGGCCACAAAUCAAGUUUGUUCACCGAUUAUGUUCUCAAGAUACUUGAAUUGGAUAUAUGUGCUGAUAUAAUGGUGGGUGAUGAAAUGAGAAGAGGCAUCUCCGGAGGUCAGAAGAAGCGGCUAACCACUGGAGAAAUGUUGGUUGGACCAGCAAAAGUUUUCUACAUGGACGAAAUCUCAACUGGUUUGGACAGUUCCACCACAUUCCAAAUUAUCAAGUAUAUGAAGCAGAUGGUUCAUAUUAUGGAUGUAACGAUGAUAAUCUCCCUUCUCCAACCUGCACCUGAAACUUUUGAGCUCUUCGAUGACAUUAUCUUGCUUUCAGAAGGACAAGUUGUCUAUCAAGGUCCCCGUGAAAACAUCCUCGAGUUUUUUGAGAGUGUUGGAUUCAAGUGCCCAGAAAGGAAAGGAGUUGCAGACUUUCUACAAGAGGUUACUUCUGUGAAGGACCAAGAGCAAUACUGGUUCAAGAAGAAUGAACCUUAUCGAUAUAUUUCAGUUUCUGAGUUUGUUGUUCGCUUCAGCUCUUUUCAUGUUGGACUCAAUCUUGUCGACAAGCUAUCAAUUCCUUAUGAUAAAACUGAUACCCAUCCUGCUGCUUUGGUGACUGAUAAAUACGGAAUAUCCAAUCUUGAACUAUUCAAUGCAUGCUUGGCAAGGGAAUGGCUACUGAUGAAACGCAACUCAUUCUUGUAUAUAUUCAAGACGUUCCAGAUAACCAUUAUGUCAAUAAUAGCCUUCACGGUAUUCUUUAGAACCGAGAUGAAACAUGGCCAAUUAGUAGACGGAGGAAAAUUCUACGGUGCACUGUUUUUCAGCCUCAUUAAUGUGAUGUUUAAUGGUACAGCAGAGCUUGCUCUUACCAUCUUUAGACUUCCAACGUUCUUCAAACAAAGGGAUUCUCUGUUUUACCCAGCUUGGGCUUUUGCUCUCCCUAUUUGGCUUCUUAGGAUCCCCCUCUCGGUUAUGGAAUCGUUGAUAUGGAUUGUUCUUACUUAUUACACUAUUGGAUUUGCCCCUGCUGCUAGUAGGUUUUUCUGCCAAUUACUGGCAUUUUUUGCUUUGCACCAGAUGGCUUUAUCCCUCUUCCGUUUUAUUGCUGCACUUGGAAGAACACAAGUCGUUGCAAGUACUCUUGGUACCUUUACAUUGUUAGUGGUCUUUGUUCUUGGGGGUUUCAUCAUCGCUAAAGAUGACAUUGAACCAUGGAUGAUCUGGGGCUAUUACAUAUCUCCUAUGAUGUAUGGACAGAAUGCCAUAGCAAUAAACGAAUUUCUUGAUAAAAGAUGGAGUACUCCAAACACAGAUCCAAGAUUUCCUGAACCUACAGUAGGAAAGGUUCUUCUUAAGGCGAGGGGCAUGUUUUCUGAUGGCUAUAUGUACUGGAUAUGUGUCCUUGCACUCUUUGGAUUUUCGGUUCUCUUCAAUAUUUGCUUUAUCAUAGCAUUGACGUACUUGAAUCCUUUUGGAGAUUCUAAAUCCGUUAUCUCGGAUGAGGAUAACAAACCGAAGAAAAAGAAGAAUCCAUAUUCCACUUCGAUGGCUGAAGGUAUAGAUAUGGCUGUAAGGAACAAGUCGAGAGGAAAAAAAUCGGAAGAGAAUGGGAGCAGAAGACGUGGAAUGGUGCUUCCUUUUACUUCCUUGUCACUAGCAUUUGAUCAUGUGAACUACUAUGUCGAUAUGCCCACUGAAAUGAAAAGGCAAGGAAUUGAAGAUGCUCGUCUUCAACUCUUGAGAGAUGUCAGUGGUGUUUUCAGGCCUGGGUUUCUAACAGCAUUAGUCGGUGUAAGUGGUGCAGGAAAGACAACCUUGAUGGAUGUCUUGGCAGGAAGAAAAACAGGUGGAUAUAUUGAAGGAAGUAUCAUCAUUUCUGGUUAUCCGAAGAAUCAAUCAACGUUUGCUCGCGUCAGUGGUUACUGUGAACAGAAUGAUAUUCAUUCUCCACAUGUCACUGUUUAUGAGUCGAUUGUUUAUUCUGCUUGGUUGCGUCUUUCUCCAGACAUAAAGAAGGAAACACGAAAGAUGUUUGUUGAAGAAGUGAUGGAGUUGGUCGAGUUGAAUCCCGUAAGAGAUGCUUUAGUUGGCCUUCCCGGAGUAGAUGGUCUGUCGACUGAACAGAGAAAGAGACUUACCAUAGCCGUAGAACUGGUUGCUAAUCCAUCCAUAAUCUUCAUGGACGAACCCACGUCAGGUCUUGACGCGAGGGCUGCUGCAAUUGUGAUGCGAACUGUGAGAAACACUGUCAAUACUGGGCGAACUGUUGUGUGCACAAUUCACCAACCGAGCAUCGAUAUUUUUGAAUCUUUUGAUGAGUUAUUGUUGAUGAAGAGAGGAGGUCAAGUUAUUUAUGCUGGACCUCUUGGUCAUCAUUCGUCUCAGUUAAUAGAAUAUUUUCAAUCCAUUCCCGGCGUUCCUAAACUCAAAAAAGGUCAUAAUCCUGCCACUUGGAUGUUGGAGAUCAGCACUCCUGCAGUCGAGGCUCAACUUGACAUCGACUUCACAGAAAUUUAUGUCAACUCGGAUCUUUACAGGAGGAAUCAAGAACGUAUCAAAUUACUAAGCACCCCAGCUCCAAGAUCCCAGGACCUCUACUUUCCUACCAAAUAUGCCCAGUCCUUCAUUUCUCAGUGUAAAGCUUGCUUCUGGAAACAACGCUUGUCUUACUGGAGACAUCCACAAUACAAUGCCAUCAGGUUUUUCAUGACAACGGUUAUCGGGAUUAUAUUUGGAGUAAUUUUCUGGAAAAAGGGAGAGAAAAUGUCUAAACAACAAGAUCUAAUGAAUCUGGUUGGAGCUAUGUAUGCUGCUGUAAUGUUUCUUGGAGGAACAAAUACUUCUUCCGUGCAAUCAGUUGUGGCAGUUGAAAGAACUGUCUUCUAUCGGGAAAAGGCAGCCGGGAUGUAUUCAGCAUUACCUUAUGCAUUUGCUCAGGUGGCUAUAGAAACCAUUUAUGUUGCUAUCCAGACUUUCAUAUAUAGCCUUCUUCUCUACUCUAUGAUUGGCUUCCACUGGCGAGCAGACAAAUUCUUCUGGUUCUAUUUUUAUAUAUUUAUGUGCUUCGUCUACUUCACAUUGUAUGGGAUGAUGCUUGUAGCACUCACUCCAAGUUACCCCAUUGCUGCAAUCGUCAUGUCUUUCUUCCUCAGCUUCUGGAAUCUGUUCUCUGGUUUUCUUAUUCCAAGAACGCAAAUUCCUAUAUGGUGGAGGUGGUAUUAUUGGGGUUCUCCAGUAGCUUGGACAAUAUAUGGGCUUGUGACAUCUCAAGUAGGAGACAAGACAGAAUCAGUUCAGGUACCAGGUUUAGGUGAUAUUCCAUUGAAGCAAUACCUUCAAGAAUUCCUAGGUUUCAAAUAUAGCUUUCUAGGAGCAGUUGCUGCAGCCCAUGUUGGGUGGUCACUUCUAUUCUGCAUUGUCUUUGCAUAUGGCAUCAAGUACCUCAACUUCCAAAGGAGAUAGAGGGAGGGAGAAAUCUUCAAGUAUAUUACUAAAAUUCUCAAUGUAUUCCAUUUCGAUUAAUGCUGCUAAAGAAACGUGCAAUUUCAAGAUUUGACUUUCUCGGAGCAGUUGCUGCAGCCUGCGUAUUUCGAAUUUCUUAACCUAUUAUAGAAAGAUGUGCAACUUUU